GCCCCCGCCCCCUCCCCUCCCCUUCCCUCCUCCCCAUUGUUGCGGCGGCUGGGUCCUAGGAAAUCGGGAUCGCUGCGGCUCAGCUCGCUACCUGCGGGAAGGGUGCGGAGCUGCUGAGCAAUGGAAGAGUUAAUUGUCGAGCUGCGCCUGUUCCUCGAGCUGCUGGACCAUGAGUACUUAACAUCAACAGUCAGAGAGAAAAAGGCAGUGAUAACCAACAUUCUCCUGAGGAUACAGUCAUCAAAAGGCUUUGAAGUGAAAGACCAUGUUCAGAAACAAGAAGUUACCAGCAGUUUGCCAGCCCCACCGCAGAUGCCGCUGCCCGAGAUCCCUCAGCAGUGGUUGCCACCAGACAGUGGGCCUCCACCAUUACCAACAUCUUCUCUCCCAGAAGGCUAUUAUGAAGAAGCUGUGCCAUUGAGUCCCGGAAAAGCUCCUGAGUAUAUCACUUCAAAUUAUGAUUCGGAUGCAAUGAGCAGUUCAUAUGAAUCAUAUGAUGAAGAAGAAGAAGAUGGGAAAGGGAAGAAGACGAGACACCAGUGGCCAUCAGACGAAGCCUCCAUGGAUCUUGUGAAAGAUGCUAAAAUCUGUGCAUUCCUCUUAAGAAAGAAACGGUUUGGACAGUGGACCAAGCUGCUUUGUGUCAUCAAAGAUACCAAACUACUGUGCUACAAAAGUUCCAAGGACCAGCAACCCCACAUGGAACUGCCACUGCAUGGGUGUAGCAUCACUUAUAUCCCUAAAGACAGCAAGAAGAAGAAGCAUGAGCUGAAAAUCACACAUCAAGGCACAGAUGCCCUCGUACUGGCUGUUCAAAGCAAAGAACAAGCAGAGCAGUGGCUUAAGGUUAUAAAAGAAGUCUACAACAAUUGCAGUGGAACAGUAGAUUCGGAUGGGCCUUCCUCUAGUUCCCCAGUGCACAAGACAGAGCUAGAGAAGAAACUGUCCUCGGAGAGGCCAAGCUCAGAUGGGGAGGGCGGUGCAGAAAAUGGGAUUACCAUGUGCAACGGAAAAGAACAAGUUAAGAGGAAAAAAAGUUCAAAGUCAGAAGCCAAGGGAACAGUGACAAAAGUCACUGGGAAAAAGAUUACCAAGAUCAUUGGUCUAGGAAAGAAAAAGCCAUCAACAGAUGAACAGACCUCGUCGGCUGAGGAAGAUGUGCCCACCUGUGGAUAUCUAAACGUGCUCUCAAAUAACCGCUGGCGGGAACGUUGGUGCAGAGUGAAAGAUAACAAGCUCAUUUUCCACAAGGACAGGACGGACCUGAAGACACACAUUGUUUCCAUUCCUCUCCGCGGCUGUGAAGUGAUUCCAGGCUUGGAUUCCAAACACCCCUUGACGUUCCGUCUGCUUCGAAAUGGGCAGGAAGUUGCUGUGCUAGAGGCUUCAUCCUCUGAAGACAUGGGUCGAUGGAUUGGGAUCUUAUUGGCCGAAACAGGGUCAUCCACUGACCCUGGAGCGCUACAUUACGAUUAUAUUGAUGUGGAGAUGACUGCAAAUGUCAUACAAACAGCUAAACAGACGUUCUGCUUUAUGAACAGACGUGGUAUCUCUACAAAUCCCUAUCUCGGCAGUGCCUCCAAUGGAUACGCCCACCCCAGUGGCAUGGCACUUCAUUAUGAUGAUGUCCCUUGCAUAAAUGGAUCGUGGGAACAAGAAGACGGCUUUCAGACUUCCCGUAGCAGAAUCUUGGGAGAAGAGACGCUUUAUGAUAACGCGGGGCUGUAUGAUAACUUGCCAUCUCCAAAAAUCUUUGCCCGCUACCCACCUGCUGAAAGAAAGGCUUCUAGAUUAUCUACUGACAAACUGUCUUGUAACCAUUACAAACAUCCUGUCUCCUCCAAUCUGUCUUCUGCUCAGUCUGUCACUAAUACCUCUUCAGUGGGGAGGGGAUCUGUCGGGCUGAACUCUCAGUUCAAGAGCAAGAAACCUCCUGUAGCAUCUAAUGGGGUCCCAGGGAAAGGGAGAAAUGUCAACAGUCCACAAAAGAAAAUGGACUCAUCGGCCACUGUCAAACGGACAGCAUCAAAUGCUGACCAGUACAAAUAUGGGAAGAACCGUGUAGAAGCAGAUGCUAAGAGGUUGCAGACCAAAGAAGAAGACUUGCUAAGGAAGAAAGAAACUCUGCGUAACCGCCUGGCUCAGCUUCGAAAAGAAAGGAAAGAUCUUAGAGCAGCCAUUGAAGUGAAUGCUGGCAGGAAGACCCAAGUUAUUCUAGAAGAUAAGCUGAAGAAGCUGGAAGAGGAAUGUAAACAGAAGGAGACAGAGCGUGUCAAUCUGGAGUUGGAACUCACAGAGGUCAAAGAAAGCCUCAAGAAAGCCUUGGCAGGGGGGAUCACACUGGGUCUAGCAAUUGAACCCAAAUCUGGAACCUCAAGUCCCCAGUCUCCAAUUUUUAGGCACCGAACUCUGGAAAAUUCUCCCAUCUCAAGUUGUGACACCAGCGACACUGAAUGUUCAAUGCCAGUGAACAGCGCGGCAGUUCUGAAGCGACACCCACCGACAUCUGGCAACUCUCCUUGCCGGGGUCAUGUCCUUAGGAAGGCAAAGGAAUGGGAGUUGAAAAAUGGGACAUAAAGAGAAUGGUGAAAGAAUGAACCCACCUUUUAGAAGGCCUUACAUCCUCUCAUUCAAGACUCAGACAACAGGAGACUCAACUCGAAACGAGGCGUCAAGCAGCACAGCAUCAGAGGUUUUGUAAUUCUGCUCAGGUGCCAGUAGCUUGGCUCUCACUCCACUUGUACACUCUUUCUACUGUAUAUGGUGCCCUUUUUUUUAAUGAUUAUUAUUACUUAUGACACUCUCAUUUCCAACUUUGUGUAAUGAAAAAAGCAAAAUAAAUCACACACACACAAAACACCCUAAAAAAGGAACAAAGAUAAGUGACAGAAAAGGAGCAAAAGAAUUGUAAUGAGAAGGAUUAUGUCUAAUUAAGUAAUGACUUUCAACUGCCCUGGCUUAAAUGGAACCCGAUCACAGGAGUGUGAAGCCGGAUGAGCCUGAGGCAAAAUUCUCAGAUUGGCAUCUGCGGGAGUUUUGUAGUAGAACUGUCCCAGGUGAGGAUGGCUCUAGGUGUGAGCCCGGAUCUGAUCCCUCGUGGAUGGUCUUAUUUGAAAAAGAGUGUCAGGAAGCAUGUUGAUCAAUGUGAUAGGACUGCUGGCAUGAACUGAAUGUCUGGUCCAGGAGAUCCCUCUCCUCCCUCUCCCCCUCUCCCCUCUCUCUCCCCACCACCACUCCCCACCCCACAUCAUGCCCUUUCCCCCUAGUCAUUAGAGAUUUUGGAAUGAAAUAACUGUGAUGUGAAACAAUUCUUACUCUCUUUCCUCCUUCCUCCCCACCUUUGGACAGAUGCUUUUCUCACUGGGACUUGAAAAGCUGCCAUUUUUUAGCUGCAUUUUUAAAAAAUAACGUUUCUCUUUAUUGUGUAUUGUGUAUGUGUGUGUUUUUCUAAAAGCACCUGGCAUCUUCAGAGAUAUUUUGUAUCGUAGUUUGUAUUUUGUACUGCUUUUGAAAGGCAGCAAAGUGCUAUUAAUACUUUGAUUCAUUAGUUUGACCUCCCCUGCCUGCCCCCCAUGUUCCUUCUCCCUCUCCUUCCUGCCUUUCAAAUCCAUAUCAUUUCAGUCCUCCCCUUCCUGAGAGCUGUCACUAGGAGUGAUUCUGACAGAAGAGAAGCAAGUUUGAUUUACUACCUGAUGAAGUUGCAAAUGUCACAGCUUAUCAGCCAUGAUGGAUUUGGUUGGAUCAAUCUUUUGAUGAGUUCUGACCCUGGGAAGAAAGUAGGUUUGGGACACUUCCAGGCCCUUCUCUUUGAUUUAUUGAUCUGGAGCCUUAAUGUGGUGCCAGACUUGGCUGUGUUUUUUUUUUUUUCUUCCCCAGCAGCAGACCUAUAAGGAAUUGUGUCUUCAUUGGUCUUUAAGAUGAUAUUAUAUUCCACAUUGGAUUUUUUUAUUCAAUUUUAUUUUUGUGGAGAGAGGCAUGAGUUUAGUGCAUCAAAGAGAGAAAAGCACCAACAGUGGUGGAAAAGAUGGCAGGUCUGAGAACUAGAUUUCCCCCAAUAUACCAGCAAGAAGAUUGCUUAGAAAAUAGACUGUGAGAGCUGGAAGGGACAUGUCCCCCAUUUUACAGUAAAGGAAAUUGAGUCCUAGAAAGUGGAGGACUUCAUCAAGAUCACAUAGCUGCUAAGAAGCUGACACAGAACUAGAACCCAGGUCUUCCAUCUCCUAAUCCAUAGUUUAACCUAGCCCCAAGAGUGUCACUGUCCAGGAUUAUCUUCCUUGGGGAAAGGACAGUAUGGUGAUCAACUGACCAAAUGACAGUCAUUAUUCAAAGAACCAGAGGUUUUCCUUCAGUACCUAAAAAGUCAGCUCAUAGAAAUAUGCCCCGCUAUGAACAGGCCAGCUCUUUCUCCCUCCAAGUUAUUGUACUGGGGCACUUCAGUGAGCUGGGAGUUUUAUAAGAAUUAAUCAAACAACAAAAGGGGAGAGACCUGAGUGUCUUAUAGCUCUUCCUCACACAGUUCUUAAUUGCACAUAGUAGGUACUCAGCAAAUAUUUCUUGAAUGAGUUGGUGGAGGAAACAAGCUGAUAUCAAAUAUUUAUUCAAAGAAUGCUACAAAGUCAGCAUACUCAGUCUUAUAUUGUCUGCAUAAGGAGAAUUAAUGUUAAAAAGUAUGAUUCUAAUUAGGAUCAUGGGGGGCAUAAAUCAUCUAAAAUAUCAUAAGAAGAACUCUGGAUAUAUGGAGUCAAAGGGCCUGUGUUCAAUUCUCAGCCCUAUUACUAACUUUGAUCUUGGCCAAGUCUCUGGAACUCAUUUUUCUCAUCCAUACGAUGAAAAGGUUGGAUGGAAUGGAAUGAUUUUUUAAAUGGUCCCUUCCAGCUCUCAUCCUAUGAUCUAUCAAUAUCAGAGUUGAAAGGGGUUUGAUAAAUCAUCUCAUCUGACCUCCUCAUUUUAUAGACGGCAGAUCUUUGCUAGUCCUCUCUGUAUUAAAAUGAGAAAGUAGAUGCCAAAAUUUUAGAAAGAUUUUCGACAGCAAAGGUUGAAACAUGAGAAGUUCUUGACUUAGUUACUCAGAAGACCCCUAGUAUCCUAGUUUAUCAAGGUUUGGCUCAAGUAAAUGCUAAGAAAUUUAGGAAACUGGUAUCAAUGUUUAUUACCUUUGAUCCCCUAAAAAUUCCUCUAAAGUGGUGGAGCUAAGUGGGAGGAUGCACAGCCUACAAGGGCUUUGAAGAGCAAUUUCUCUAAAGGGGAAGAGGAGAGGUCCUGCAAACGUUUGGAUAUGUGAGCUAGAAGCUUUACUUACCCAAGGAAGGUGCUCAUGGAAUUUUUUCUACUGGAUUACCUGGGAGGUUGGGGAAGGGGGCUGGAGGGAAAUUUGUCCAUUGUUAGUUAAUCAAAGCCAUGUCCAUUUUGUAUCCCUGUAGAAAUGUGAAAACUCUCUAAAGAGAAACAGUUCAGUCUACAACAGAUUUCCUUCUUUCAAGGGUUGGCUAAUAGUCUCUUAUUCAACAAGAACAAACGUUUUCCUUUAUUUCUUAAAGUACAAAAUGGGCAUGCUAAAAUUAAUGAUCAAUUUGAGAUUCCCAAGAUUUUGCCAUCUUUAGGCCAAGUCACAGAAUAGUAGAUUUUGGGUUUGCAGAUGGACCUCAGAGUCCAUCUAGCUCACGAACUCCUGAAGCAGGAUUCCUCUCCAUAGGGGAUGACCAGCCUAUCAGUAUCUUUUAGAGAGUACUGCAUUCGAAGUCAGAGAACCUGAGUUCAAAUUCCAGCUUUCCUACUUUGUAACUAUGUGACCUUAUACAAAUCACUUCCCGUCUCUGGAUCUCAGUCUUCUGCUCUGUAAAAUGAGGGUUUAGACUAAUUCAGUCUCUAAGGUCCCUUCUAGCUCUAUAACCUGUGAUCUUCUGUUUGAAGAUACCUACUAAAGGAGAGCCCACUCCCUGUUAAGUCAUCAGCAGAAUCAUCAAGGGCACUGGACCAUUCUUCCUUCUGUUCUCAUGAUUGGCAGCCUUCUCUUUGCCCAGGAAUACAAUAUGAAGCUCUGAUUUUUCUUUAACCUAUUAUCUCUAGUUACAAAGAGAGGUAAAAUAAUAAACUUAUACCCUUAAUCCUAAUCCUUUUAUUGUUAUGGUGCUGAUAAUUCUAGCAUGCAACACUCCUGAUAACAUGGUGGCAAUAUGCCAACAUGGAAUCAUAGAAUGUUAGGGCUAGAAGGGACCUCAAAGAUCCUAUAAUCCAACAGUUUUUAACUUGGGG